CAGAACAUGCCUCUAGAAAUACCACAUGGAAUCACCGCGUCGAAUGUCUGACUGAAAAGGAGAGAAGAUAGAGAAAGAGAAGGAUAGAAGAGAGAGAGAACACUCCCCGUCUGUUUUUCCCUAUCUUCCUCACUCCCUCCCUCCUUCCUUCCUCCUCUCGCUCUGUCUGUCCUCUGCUCUCCCCCUUUCUAGAAAAUAUGAAGGAAGAAAGAGAAGAUAAGAAUCCGGGGGGGACGAGUGUGAACAAGAGAAAGUUCCAGGAAAGCAAGAGAGGGGGACAAUAAUAGGCGGAUGGAAGGAAGGAAGAAAUUAAGGAAGGGAUCUAUCCAGCCAUACAACGCGAUUAAACGAGACAUGAACGAACUAUAUAUUGACCUAUAUUAAACGUAGCUACUCGACUAUUCUCAACUUGUGACGUUUAAAACUAUUUUAGGAUAGUUGAAUACGCAAACUUUGGCUAUUAGGAACCAAGUUAUCGUAGUUUCUAAUUCAUACAGCAACUUCCAGCGUUGCAAGUCACAGCUCACCCCGGAAAAGGAUUUAGCCCCAAGGACCACCGACGAGGGCAGGUCACCGCAGCCGGAGUUUAGGCGUUGCCACACGGCUUUGACCCGGAGCCAUGGCCGGGGGCGAAACCAGGAGUCCACGCUCUGCAGCUCAAACCGGUGUCGGUUCACGACAUACUAAAACGGGGGGAGCAAGUUUAUCAAAUGGGAUGAGGAGCCCAACAGCAGCCACCCCACGCUGAUUACUCUGAAGGUAGACCCAGAUGGAUUCUUCCUUUACUGGACUGGUGGGGCCAACAUGGAAGUGGAAAUUCUUGACAUUAGCCAGAUAAGAGACACCAGAACGGGGAAGUUAGCUAAACUACCAAAGGACCCACGUGUCAGAGAGGUUUUGGGGUUCGGUAAACCAGGCGAGGGGGGUGUUGCCGUGGAGGGGAAGCUGGUAACGGUUGUCCACGGCAAUGACCUGGUCAACGUAUCCUUCCUCAACUUCCAGGCCAUGCAGGAAGACACUGCCAAGGUGUGGACAGAGGAGCUGUUUAAACUGGCCACAAACAUUCUGUCUCAGAAUGCAUCUCGCAACACCUUCCUCCUCAAAGCGUACACCAAGUUAAAGUUGCAGGUGAAUCAGGAUGGAAAGAUUCCAGUGAAGAAUAUUCUUAAGAUGUUUUCUGAUAAGAAGAGAGUGGAGACAGCGCUGGAGCAGUGUGGUUUGGUCACCAACAGGGUGGAGGGCAUUAAGCCAGAUGAUUUUACAUGGGAAAUGUUCCAGAGCUUUCUACACAGUCUCUGUCUACGACCAGAGAUAGAACGCAUCUUUGUCGAGCUUGGUUCUAGGGGAAAGCCGUUCCUCUCCUUGGAUCAGCUGACAGACUUCAUAAACCGUCGUCAGAGAGACUCUCGUCUCAACGAGGUCCUCUAUCCUCCUCUGAAGAGAGAGCAGAUCAGACAACUGAUGGAGAAAUACGAGAGCAACGCUAGUCAGCUGGAGAGAGACCAGAUCAGUCUGAUGGGGUUCAGUAAAUAUCUUGGAGGAGAGGAGAAUACCAUCGUCCCACCAGAGAGACUGGACAUCAUAGAUGAUAUGAACCAGCCCCUGUCCCACUACUUUAUCAACUCUUCACACAACACAUACCUCACAGUUGGUCAGUUGACCGGUCUGUCAUCGGUGGAGAUGUAUCGCCAGGUGUUGCUGACCGGCUGUCGCUGUAUAGAGCUGGACUGUUGGAAAGGACGGCCCCAGGAUGAAGAACCUUACAUCACGCACGGCUUUACCAUGACCACUGAGAUACCCUUCAAGGAGGUGAUUGAAGCAAUAGCAGAAAGUGCGUUUAAGACCUCUCCCUAUCCCGUAAUCCUCUCCUUUGAAAACCAUGUUGACUCGGCGAAGCAGCAGGCCAAGAUGGCGGAAUAUUGUAGGACUAUUUUUGGCGAUGCCCUCCUCAUCGACCCUCUAGAGAAAUACCCGCUGAUCCCUGUUCAGCCCUUACCCUCGCCCCAGGAGCUGCUGGGUAAGAUUCUGAUAAAGAACAAGAAGAAGCACCACCACCGAGCGUCCAGCGGGGGCAACAUGAGGAGGAGGACAGGAGAAAUAGACGCUCUGGAGCAGGCUUCACCUGUUAACGACUGCCCAUUCAGUGACAGCGAGGGGGGCCAGCUGCUGUCCAAUGGGGAAGAGAAGCUGGCAGAGAGUCUGGUCAAAGACGGAGAUCCUCGGAAGUCAAUUGGAGGGGAGGGAGAGAGUGAUGAGGAUGAGGAAGAUGAACCUGUGGCUGAACUGAAGAAACCAAACUCUGAUGAGGGUACUGCCAGUAGUGAGGUAAAUGCGACAGAGGAGAUGUCUACUCUUGUCAACUACAUAGAACCUGUCAAGUUCAAGAGCUUUGAGGUCGCAAACAAGAGGAAUAAGUAUUUUGAGAUGUCAUCAUUUGUGGAGACCAAGGGUAUGGACACACUGAAGAGUGCACCCAUCGAGUUUGUUGAGUACAAUAAGAAGCAGCUGAGUCGUAUCUAUCCUAAAGGGACGAGAGUUGAUAGUUCGAACUACAUGCCCCAACUCUUCUGGAACGUAGGCUGUCAGAUGGUGGCGCUAAACUUCCAGACACUCGACCUGCCCAUGCAGUUGAACAUGGGUGUGUUUGAGUAUAAUGGACACAGUGGUUACCUGCUCAAACCAGAAUUCAUGAGAAGGACAGACAAACACUUUGACCCCUUCACUGAAAACAUAGUGGACGGCAUCGUAGCCAACACCGUCAAGAUCAGAGUGAUCUCGGGCCAGUUCCUGACCGAUAAGAAAGUGGGCGUGUACGUGGAAGUGGACAUAUUUGGACUUCCUGCUGACACAAAGAGGAAGUACCGUACCAGAACGUCCAAUGGUAACAGCCUGGACCCAGUCUGGGACGAUGAGACUUUUGUCUUCAACAAGGUGGUCCUGCCCACCCUGGCCUCUCUGAGGAUAGCUGUGUUUGAGGAGAACGGAAAGUUCCUCGGACAUCGGAUCUGCCCUGUGUCAACCAUCCGACCGGGUUACCACUACAUCAGUCUGAAGAAUGAGAUGAACCAGCCUCUUUUGCUGCCCUCUCUAUUGGUCUACACCGAGGCUCAAGACUACAUUCCUAAUGAACACCAGGAGUAUGCUGAGGCCUUGACCAACCCCAUCAAACAUGUGAGUCUUUUGGACCAGAGAGAGAGACAGCUAGCUGCUCUGAUGGAGGACAAUGGCGAGCGUGUGUUGGAGCAGCCGAAGGAGGGAGAGAGGGAUCGGAAGGGCGACGCCGCCCUGGGGAAGAUCCCCUCCCCCCUCCACCCUGUCCCCGCCCCCAUUGAUGACAUCAGCGACCUCAUCAGCUCACCUGGAACAGGCCAGAAAGAGGAUCUUAUUGCUACAGUCUUGGCAAAUCUUCAGGCUCAGUCUACAGAAGAGUUGAAACAGCAGAAGUCGUAUCUGAAGCUGUUGAAGAAGCAAUGUAAAGAACUCAAGGAGCUCCGCAAGAAACACCUCAAGAAGGUGUGGGCCCUGAGUAAAGAGCAGAGGAGUCGCUGUAACCAGCUCCGCUCUGACACACAGAGACGACGCAGUCAGAUGGAGAAACAUCUCAAACGCAGCAUGAAGAAAAAUGAGCCAGCAGAGCCGGUGCAGAGGCAGUUGACAGCAUUGGAGAUGGAGUUACAGAAACAGACGGUGCAGCUGAGAGAGUGGCAGAUGCAAGAGCUCCUAAAACUACGGCAACAACAACACACACUGGAGAGAGAGAAGAAACACACACACCUACGAGAGGCAUUUCAGAAAAUAAAAGAGACAUCCCAGGAAUGUCAGACGGCUCAGCUCAAAAAACUUAAGGAGAUCUGUGAGAGAGAGAAGAAGGAGCUUCAGAAGAUUCUAGACAGGAAGAGACAGAACAGCAUUAUCGAGGCCAAGAGCAGAGACAGAGACAAGGCUGAGUCGGAACUGAAUGAGAUCAACAGGAAGCAUAUCUCAGACUCUGUCACGUUAAUCCGCCGGUUGGAUGAGGCCCAGUCAAGGCGUCAGGAGAAGUUGGUAAUCGGUCAGAGAGAAGCCUUACGACACAUAGAGGAGGAGCAACCAUUGCUGCAGGCCCGAUUGGAGCGAGACUUGGAGGCGGAGUUACAACGUCUACCAGAGGAGAUCUGCCAAUACCUGCAGGCGAAACUCGAGUCCAAAGGUCUCCGUAGCGACGCUCUCUUCUCUUUAUCCAAUCACAGCCCUAGCUCCAGCUCGGGUCCGCCCUCCAACUGCUCCACACCCACUUUUCCCUUAACACCCAAUAGGAGCACCUGGAACAGGAGUCUGGACAAUAGCAUUGCCUCAUUGGUGGACUCAUCCUCUUCCUCUACCCCUGUCCUAUCAGAAGCAGAUAUGUAAGCCAUAUGUACAUUUAUGUAAACCUAAUGGUCCUGAGCUUCAGUUAAUUUUUUUGUUGAUGUUUUCAUAAAAAUAUAUAUAUAUAUUUGUAAUUUUUCUCACCAGGGUUUUAGAGAGAUAGACAAGGUUACCAAAAGUUUUUGGUUGAUUUUGAAAUGCCCAGGAAAAUGCCCUAUGUGUGUUUUCACAUUGGCCUGCGUCCCAAAUGGCACCCUUUUCCCUAUUUAGUACAUUAGUUUUGACCAGAGCCCUAUUGAGAAUAGGGUACAUUGGGAUGCAGACAUAUUCUGUAUGUGGAUUGUGGACAAGAAUAUUCUGUGGUAUAUUAUUAUUAUUAUUAUUAUUAUUAUUAUUAUUAUUGUUAAUCUGUGUAAUGUUUUUGUUGUUUUACAUGACCUGUACUACUGACUAAAGGUGUCCUUGGGGAGAAAGGAGGGAUGAAUGGAGAAGAGGAGGAGAAGUGAUUGUGGUAGUGAACAAUUUAGAAUUUUUGGGGGGCGAUGCUGAUUUGCUCUGGAAUAGAAAGACCUUUCUGAAACUUUCUUUCUGUAUCCCUUUCUCUCCUCACCAAUCCUCCCCCACUGGUACUUGCUGCCUGUCUGUCUUGGUAUAUAAUAUUAUAAUAUGCCUCUGUGUAUAUUCAUCAACAUUAUUUUACCACUUUUUUAAUCUUUAA